AAAAACAUUCGUUUAAGACACUGAUAAACAUAGCUGUCACUACCAAUCAAUUGAAAAGUGCGUUUGCAUCUAGUACCUAAAAGAAACGUCAGAUAAGAAGGGAGAGAUUGCUCCAGUGCUUAGCAAUCAGAAGACUUCCCCGUCUUAACAUGUAUGAUAAGAAAAAUCAAAGUUUGCUGAUAGUAUGUUUCUUUCUGCUUGGGACAUUUUCAGUAAUAGACUGUGUACAGCAUGAUCCAGAUUUGGAAAAGUACUUGUUAGAAGUCAUUGACAACUUUCGUAACCAGAUGAAAGAAGGAAUACCAGAAGUCAACAUACCAGUUUUGGAUCCAUUACAGCUUGAAGAUCUGAAUUUGGACGUGCAAGAAAACCUUGCUACAAUGAAUCUGAAAAUCCAUCAGCUUCAAGUUUUACAUCUCUCCAAGUUCAACGUGACAAACUUAAAACCAGAUUUAGAGAACUUUUACCUAGAUUUGAAUCUAACUCUUCCGGAGCUUAUGGUAAACGGAAACUACAGUGUAAACGGAAGGUUGGUGAAAAUAUUUCCCAUCUACGGUCAAGGGAAGUUCGAAUUAAAUGCGUCAAAAAUUCAUGUUUUUGGAAUGGGACAACUUGGGUUUGCUGAAGACUCUUUGGAAAUGAGGCUACUAAAAUUGAAUCUUCAGUGGGAGAGUUUAUCCCUCUUCAUGGAAAACUUUCUAGGAGGAGGAAAUUUCUCGGAAACUCUGCAGCGAGUUAUUACUGGUGUAGGUAAAGAUGUCUUUGAAAGGUACAAACCAAUUAUAUUGGAAAAAUUAGAACAGGCUCUUACAAAUAUAAUUAAUGAAAAACUACAGGAUCCAUUGGCAAAAGAUAUAAUCAAAGGAGUUUUUGAAGAUCAUUCAGCUGAUUAGUUUCUUUAUCACUUCACAGUUUGUAUUUAAUGGCACUUUUUGAUAUGCUUCUAAUUAAAAAAGUUCGAAUGAAUCGGAAAUGAAUAAAAUGAACAUCAAUGAAUUAUCUAUCAGAAAUCGAAUUUAAAGUUUAAUUUCAAACUUAUAAUGUAACGGUGAAUUAAAAAAAACACAUUAAAUUAUCAGAAUAAAGACAUAAAAACCGGUUACACAUUACCAAAAUAGCAAAUAAAUCCUCGUCGAUGCUCGUUACAGGGUUCAGAUUUCGAUAAAAUAAAGAGUUGUGUUAGACGCAAUCGAAACGGAGUUUGAUAAAUGUUUUUAAAGUGUACUAGUAAGAAUUAUUGCAGCAUUGAAUGGCCAAAGUAGAAACAUGCAGUAUUUCGCACAACUAAUGAAUGAUUCCCACUUAUACUACCAUUUAAAAAGUGGGUAAAAGUAUUACAUUCACUACUGCUGCGUACGAACAAUUUAUACCUUAGAUGCUUGUCGAUUUCAUGAAAUUUGUUGCGUAGCAUCCAUAGUUAAAUAAACCACGAGAAUUUCACAUUCCUACUGAUUUUAUCACGAUGCAUCAAAACGUCUCACAGAAGUUAAAAUCCGUUGAUUUUCUUUAGAUAAUUAACUUUUUCUUUCAUUCAAUUCUACUAGGAAAAUGACAUCGAGAGUUCCUGAGCAUAUUUAUAAGUACAAUUCUUAACUGAGCACUUCUUAACUUGCAGUUUUUAUCAGAAUUAACCUUUACAUGAAGGAGGGGCAUUUGUCACUACUUCCGAUACAAAACCGACAUUUUUCAAUGACUUCAUUACCAUUUUUUGCUUCGCUUUAAAAAUUAGUUUUAAUUACAUUAUUUAAUGAAAUUUUCAUUCUACUUCAACAAAUAAAUGCACCAAAACGUAUUUUGGAGAAAUUUUACCUUUAUGUUUUAAUCCCCAAGCCCCACACAAUACUUUUUGUUUAUUAACAGUAUUGGCUGCGACCACCGCAAGAAACUCCUUUACAGUCGUAAGCCGUCCAUUUGCAUUUAAAAAACGGUGACUGUUUUUUACUCGGCUUACCCUGUUACUAAUUAGCGUGGUGCAUUUGUUCUUGCUAAACAUUCGAAGACGAUAAGUCUACGAAUACUAUUGAUUCGUAGACAAUAAGAUUUUAUUAAAGUUCAUUUUUGGUUCCGAGUGGAUGCGCUUACGUUACAGCAUUUUAUAAAGUCUUAUAACACAAUACUUGCCGAUUGUGAAGAAGGUAUGUCGAGAACUAUAUCACUUUUAAUUUAUUUGGACGCUGAAAGUUUAUACUGUUUUCUGUGUGGAAAUAUUCACUACAUCGUCGAAUGUCAAAUGCAAAUUACUUCUGUAGGUAAUACGAACUUCAAAUUGAAAUUUUUUGUAAUAUGCAACGAACUGGUUGAGUAUCGAAAAUCAGUACUUGGUAACAUUUCUCCACUUUGAAAGUAUAUUGCACUUAAUGAUUAUCGAGUCCGAAUGAAAAUGACACAUUAUAUGUAAAGUAAUGUGUUCAUAAUUCCGAUAGUAUCUUUAAUUGUUAAUUAAAAUUUUAUCGUUGAAGUUUCUAGUUUAGCCCUAAAUUAAGAAGUUAAUGUUUUCCAACUUCUAUUAUAAAAACUUAUCAGCUCUGAAUGCAUUGCUCGUUGCAAGAAAUAAAAAAGAAUGCUAAAUUUUACUAAGUCUUUUUUUUUUUUUUUUUUGUUAAAUUUAACUUUAAGGAAUUUUGUGCAGAAUGCUCCAUACUAGUUUUGAUACAUGACCUAAAAUUCCAAAAAAAGUAAUGCAAUAUCAUUAUUUAACUGCAGAAAUUGACAUUACUGUGCCAUCACUGUAAGUUCCAUUUUAUGAAUAUGUCAUUGAAAAUACAUUUCUAAACAUCAUAUGAAAACUGUCUCAAGACUAACAUUAUUAAUGGAUUUGUUGAAAUGAAUUGCAUGUAAAUAAUAAAAUUGUUUU